AUGUUGAAGUUGUGGCUCGGGCUCGCUCUAACGGCUGAUUCAUUGGCGUUAUUUAGGGGAAGCAAUAGUUUUGGGAUGAGUCUAAAAAGGCCAUCGGAGCUCUAUAAACACCUAAGAGUUUCCAAGAGAUAUAUCCUGGGGAAAUCCCAUGAUGACAUAGUGACAUCGCUCCCAAAAGAUGAAGAUGCCCCCGAGCUAGAGUCACGACUUCAAUUCCAUAAGCAAUUUAUGAUAGGAGCGCAAAGUAACAGAGCGGGGUUAGGAUCAAAUAGGAAAGUCCAAGAUGCGGAUAUAUUGAAGUCUUUUAUUCGGCAAGACGAGAAUGAUAAAUAUAAGAUCCAUGCAAUGAAUUUAGAAAUGCAGAACGAGUGGUUAGACAUAGGAGAUUUUUGCAUCCCAUUAGCAUUAAAAUGGCGCACUUUAAUUUAUGAUUGGUCGCCAGCAUUGCUAAAAUUCUAUCUCAAUGCGUUCCAGAUGACUCUCCCAGAUCAGAGUAAUUUAGUAAGAUGGGGUAAAAGUACCGAAAAAACUUGCUAUAUCUGUGGAAAGGCAGUUGGAACUGCUAAGCAUCUGCUGGUGGGAUGUAAGGUACUCCUUGACAGCGGUCAAUACUCGCGUCGUCACGAUAGGGUUCUAGAAGUCAUACGUGAAGCGGUUAGUCUUUCGGUAGCCAGAGCGCAAAAGGGAAUAACCACAAACGAACGAUCAGUAGGUUUUGUGAGAGAAGGCACUAGGGCUGCAAAAUCAAACGUCAAGCCUUACUCCAUCCUUAAAGCGGCGUCGGAUUGGACUAUAAUGAUGGACACGUAUGAAAAACAAUAUAAAAUACCCGAGGAUAUUUGUGCGUCGGCCUCCAGACCGGAUAUAUUUUUGUUUUCGCGAAUUUUAAAGCGCGUAGUGAUGAUAGAGCUUACGGUCCCUUGGGAAACCAACAUCCCCAAGGACCAUACCAUCAAGGUCAACAAAUAUUACGAGCUCACAAACGAACUCACUCGAAAUAGGUUCGUAGUAGAUUUGUACGCGGUAGAGGUGGGAGCGAGAGGUAUAACAGCGAAAUCUCUCUAUAACGUACUAAAGGACUUGGGCUUGUCCAGAACUCACAUUAAUGCAUUCUUGGAACGUACAUCGAAGGCAGCCCUAGUAGGUUCUUUUCAAAUUUGGUUAGGUAGGGAGAGGAGCUUGGACAGUGGAGGUGAGCGUAUAACGCGCGUUAGUUAA